AUGGGGGGUUCUCCAAACCUCUACGUAUUCCCUGACACCGACGUUCUUGCAACACAGCUUCGGAAAUAUGUCCUGAAGUCCCAGAACACAGCCAUUGCCAGACAUGACGUUUUCCGCGUCGCCGUCUCUGGUGGCUCGCUGCCAGCUGUCCUUGCCAAGGCACUCCUCGCCCCCACCAACGGCAGUGAAGAAGACAGCCCCCGAUUUUCCUCAUGGGAGAUCUUCUUUGCCGAUGAACGAGUCGUACCACUAGAUCACGAAGACAGCAAUUAUCGCCUCGUAAAGACUGAACUACUCGAUAAGAUCCCCCCAGAGCUCGGAACGCCUAUAGUCCACCCAAUCGAUAUUACACAUAUCUCUGACGAUGAUCCGCAGGAAGUAGCAGACCAGUAUCAGGAAGAACUGAUGCACUCCUUCGCUGCCAAGGACAGCGUGAAGUUGCCCGUCUUCGACCUCCUUCUGCUCGGCUGUGGCCCAGAUGGACAUACCUGCAGCCUGUUCCCUGGCCAUGAACUCCUUCGCGAAUCAGACGCCUGGGUCGCACCAAUUUCGGAUUCGCCCAAGCCGCCACCUAAGCGCAUUACGCUCACGCUGCCAGUUGUUAUACAUGGGCUGAGAAUUGCUUUUGUGGCGACGGGUGGAGGGAAGAAGGACAUCAUGAGGCGGAUCUUUGAUACAGAGGACGGGAGGAGUCUGCCAUGCGCUUUGGUGAAUGCCGCUGGUGCGGAGAAAGUGAGCUGGUUUACAGAUACUCAUGCUACGGAGGGAGUGGCGUUUCCUUCAAAGGGCAAUCUCUGA